UAAUAUAUAAAUUCGGGAAGAAACCGACAGCCGACCGUAUCAGAUGAAUCUGAAUAUGUCUGAAAUAAUUGAGUUUGUGCUGCCUCCAAGCGAAUAUCCCAAUGAAGACAAUGACAUUUCUGUGGGAAAUGUGGAUACCGUCAACGAGGACGCUACCUAUGUUGUUUUGGAAGGCCUGAGCAAUGAAUACGAUGAGGAUUUUCUCAUCGUCAACGAGGAACUCCACGAAGAUGAGUUGCAGUUAGAGGAGCCCGACCUUGACCAACAGCUGGACAGCGAUACGGAGUUUCUGGCGCAGGACCAGUACGUGGUGACGGAGCUACCGUCCGAAACCGAGGAGAUGAUCGAAGAAGAAGACGACGAAUGCGACGACGGCGAGAAUGAUUUCGAGCAGCUCUACACACAACCGUCUGUUUUCGAAGGGGCAGACGAGCCCGAGCCAGAGCCAGAGCCUGAGCCUGAGCCCGAGCCGGAAUCAGAGCUGGACCUAGACUCUACUCUAGAGCCCGAACCCGAGCUCGAGUCAGAGUCGCCUCCAGUGCCAGUCAAGAAAUUCAAAGCCAAUCCACAAAGCGUCGUACGGACCUACAACAACUUCCUCGACGAGGAUGAGCCCCCACAGUAUAUCGAGCCCAGCAAAAAAUUGCUCGAUGUGUUCAAGGGACCUCGCCGUUAUCUGCUAUUUGACGACCUCUUGGCCACAAUUGUCGACUUCGAUGAGAACACCACACCGAUUGUGGAGUUUUCAAUGAGCACCGGUGUGCCGGACGACAAGCUUCCCGUCGAGUGCGGCAUAUGCCCAGAUGUGAUGCACAAGUCCAAGCUGUCCAAGCAUCAAAAAUUGCAUCUGGUACCUGGAAGUAAUCGUUAUUCUUGCAUCUAUUGUGCGGAAACGUAUCGUGAUUGUAAAUACCUGGCCGGUCAUGCCCGUCGACACAUGGGCAUACGUCCGUAUGUCUGUCACGUAUGCAAAUUGUAUUUCUCUACCAAGCAGGAUCUGCGAGUACACAACCAGCGACGACACCAGAAGAAGGAGCACAUCUGCGAGCUGUGCGGCAAAACGUUUGCCCAGAACACGCAGCUCAAGCGCCAUCGGGAGGCUACACACGAGAAGAAGCGUCGUUUCCAGUGCCAAAGGUGCCAGAAGGCGUACUACAAGAACUUCUCAUUGCAGGAGCAUAUACGAAACGUGCACAUGGGAAAGCGCCGAAUGCUGAAGUGUCCGUUCUGUGGAAUGCAGUGUCGCGACGCGCACAAGAUGGCUCGCCAUCGCAAGGAUAUGCACCUCAAUCAGGACUCGUUCGUAUGCCACCUAUGCCAAGAGGAGUUCACCGAUAUCAAUUAUUUCGAUGCGCACAAGCGUUCCAUUCAGUGCCGCACCAACACCAAGCGUUAUGUCAAGGAGCUUCAUCCGGGGGCGUCCGGCUCCGGGGACGCAAGUGGACUGGCCGAGAACGAUGAGGACGCAAUGGGCCUGGAGGAAGAUUUCGAUGAGGAUGCUGGCCUGCUGCUCGAAGAGGCGAAUCCCGAUGACCCGGACGAUAAUGAAUAUGCGAAUGGUGCCUAUUUCCAAGAGGUUGAUCCGCGGUAUGUUCAGAUAUCUGACUAUGAUGGCCAGAUGGUUGAGGGCGUUGUUCUGGACGAAGAAGAGCCAGAAGAAGAUUCUUUCGACGAGCAAAAAUACUAUACCACUAUCCCACGGGACAGCCGGCAGGAGCAUUCCGUUGGACAAGAAACAAAUGCUGAUGAGCUGAUUUAUGAAAUCACUCUGAAGACUGAGGAUGACAUUUAAGAAAGUGGUGUAGACGGCCAACACCCCUAUUCCCCACACUAGCCCACACCAUCCCAUACACUUUGGCAGGAUGCAACUGAUGAUGAUAAUUAAGAAAGUAACAAAAACUGGCCCCAAUUCCUCCCUACACACACACACACACACACACACACGUUUUUCGCACAUUUCGGUAAUAUGUAAAUAGGCAAAACUGAACAUAUAUGUAUACAUAACUAAGUAUAAAAGCUAUCAUCAAUAACUAUAUAGGAAAUACAUUUAAUGAAUCAAUUAA